GGUGGUGGUGGGAAUUUGCCCCAAAGAAAAAAAAAAACUGGAGCAAAGAAAAACCUUACAAUAGCUGGUUUGGACUUGUGGCUUGCAGUGACAGGAAAGAAAAGGCACUGCAGGGUGUGAUACAGCGUGGGUGCCAAUUUGAUAUUUCCUUCAAGAAACUGAGAAUGAGGAGCGUGUUGAAGAGAACAUCUGUACUCGUCCUGAGAAGAGGACUCACGACAUAUCAGAGCACAUGGUGGAAAAAUGACAGCGUCUUCAGAGUCCAUCCUUCGAUAUCGCGGGCAUUAGCAGAAAACCAACCUGUGGUUGCCCUUGAAAGCACUAUUAUCACUCAUGGCAUGCCCUAUCCACACAACCUGAGCACAGCAAAGGAGGUGGAGGCAAUAGUUCGAGCUGAAGGAGCCACUCCAGCCACUGUUGGAAUAAUUAAGGGGAAAGUCCAUGUUGGUCUGUCAUCAGAGGAGCUUGACCAUCUUGCUCACUGCACAAGCUCCCUGAAAGUUUCACGCCGCGAUCUGCCACACGUCAUCAGCAAGGGGCUCUCUGGAGGAACAACAGUGUCAGCCACUAUGAUAGCAGCACAUCGAGCAGGCAUCCCUGUGUUUGUCACUGGUGGUAUUGGAGGAGUUCACAGAGACGGAGAGAACAGUCUGGACAUCAGUGCAGAUCUGACAGAACUGGGCAGAACUCCCAUUGCUGUGAUCUCUGCUGGGGUUAAGUCUAUUCUUGACAUUGGUCGCACCCUUGAAUUCCUUGAGACACACGGUGUCUGUGUAGUCACAUAUGGAAAGUCAAACAACUUCCCAGCCUUCUUCUCUCCACAAAGUGGAUUCACUUCCUCGUGCCAAGUUGGAAACCCUGCAGAGGCUGCAAAACUCAUUGCGAGUGCUCUGUCCCUGGGUCUUCAGAGUGGUGUCCUGUUAGCAGUGCCCAUCCCAGAGGAGCAUGCAGCGUCAGGUCAGCAGAUAGAGGACGCCAUACAAGUUGCAGUGGCAGAGGCAAGUGCUAACGGUAUCACAGGAAGAGACGUGACACCAUUUAUUUUACAGAAAGUCAAUGACCUGACAGAAGGAAAGUCCCUUCAGGCCAACAUUGCUCUCAUUCGUAACAAUGCUAGAGUUGGAAGUCAGAUCGCCUGUGCAUUGUCCAAACAAAUGAAUGAGACAAAGCUAAAAGGGGAAACUCAUUCUAGAAAUCAUUCAUCAUGCUCAGAAUCAGAUGUUGUUGUGAUCGGAGGAAUAAAUGUGGAUUUUAUAGCGAAAGGAAAAACAAAAACCAUUGAAUUUGGACAGACAAAUCCAGGAAGUGUCUGUCAGUCAUUUGGCGGUGUGGGACGGAACAUCGCUGACUGUCUGAGUCGAUUAGACCACAGACCUCUGCUCAUCUCAGCUAUUGGAGCGGAUUCAAACGGUGAUGCAGUGUUAAACUACUGUAAACAUAUGAACACAAGUGCUGUUGCCAGGCUGGAGGAGCAGAGCACAGCCACUUACUGUGCGGUUAUCACUGAAAGCGGAGAGCUGAGUCUUGGACUGGGAGACAUGGACAUUCACCAGCAAAUCACGGAGCAGUAUGUGUCACAGUUCGAGAAGCAGCUGUCAUCCGCUAAACUUGUGUGUCUCGAUGGAAAUAUCCCUGUCUCCACCAUCGACUACGUUUGUGGCAUUGCCAAAAAGCACAACAUCAAUGUGUGGUACGAGCCAACUGAUCCAGAAAAGGCUUGCAAGCCUUUCCUGUCAGACGCCUGGAAGUCUCUGUCCUACUCAUCCCCAAACCUGGUGGAAUUGUGCACCAUGAACAAAACACUGGGUUUCCCAACACCUGCAGUGCUGCCCAACUCUGUGGAAGAGGUGCUGAGUGCUGCUGUGACUCUCUCUCGCCCCCUUCUGGAGCACCUUCACUGUGUGGUGGUGACUUUGGGAGCCCAUGGACUGUUGGUGUGUGGCGAGCACAAUGCUGGGUCAGUCACCCUGCAGCCACGAAAAGAGAGAAAGAGAAGACAGCUUUGUGCCGUACACUACCCAGCACUGACUGUAACUGCAGAGGAAACGAUGAAUGUGUCAGGAGCAGGAGACAGUCUCGCAGGUGCACUGAUGGCAGGAAUUCUUCAGCAGCGGGACACGGACAGCUGUGUUCGGAUGGGGCUCCUGGCCGCACGGCUGUCACUGGCAUCACCGCACCCUAUUUCCCCCACACUCACCUUAGACUGUGUGGAUCCCGACAAAGCUCAAAGUCAGAAUCGGCCCAAACUGACUUACAGGUGCAUCGAUUAGAUUAUAAUAUUAUCAGUUCAAAACGGCUACAAAUGUGAAAUUGAUACUGCAGUAUUUUAUGGUUUCCUAGCCGAACGUUUGUGAUGGGAUUCUUGUAAAAUGUUAUUUUAUAUUUAUGACUUUUACAAAAACACAGAUGAACACCACUUUCCAGGAAGUGUGCAUGAUUGCAAAUCCUGGUAAUAAAAUAUUACAUGUUUUAA